UUGCGUGACUCACAGAAUCGAACGCUUUCGCAAAAUCUAAAUAUAUACAGUCUGUGGCGCCACCUGCAUCGAGGACACGGGUCCAAGCUUCUAGGACUUGCAAUUGGGGUGAUAUUUGCCUGUUUCCAGUCUCUGGGUCUGCUCACGGAUGUUUGUCAAUUAGUACGAGGUCACAUGACCAGAUCACGUGACUUUCAGUGCCGCCAUCUUGGACUAAAGUGGGCGAAGACAGACGAUGCACCAAAGCCCAGAGCUUCACAUUUGCGAAAAUGGGCAGAUUUUAAUGGCUAUGGGUUCAACUUACAUGCAGAAAAAGGGAAGGCCGGACAAUUUAUUGGUAAAGUUGACCCCGAUUCUCCAGCCGAAAGUGCAGGCUUGAAACCAGGAGAUAGAAUCGUUGAAGUGAAUGAUGUGAAUAUUGGAAAUGAAAAUCAUCAGCAAGUUGUGGUUAGGAUUAAAGCAGGUUACAAUGGCAGUUUGGACGAGACAAAGUUGUUAGUUGUGGACAACGAAGCAGAUCAAUACUACAAAAGUAAAAAACUUGUCAUCAGAGGAGAUAUGCCAAAUGUUGUGGGCUUAGCCGCUCCACCCAUCAGAGGUGGUGAAACAAUAGUAACAGUCUCUAAUGGUCAUAUUGCUGAACCAGAGCCAGAGCCAGUAGUUACAGAAACAGUCACCACAGUUACAGAAACAGUCAUCACAGAAGCACAGUCUGGGGAAGCUGUAGCAGUUCAGAAGGUAGAGACGACUGAGACAUCUGUCAAUAAAGAUGGUGAUGUGGUUACAACUACCACUGAAGCACUGGUUGCUGAUGGGGAGGUUGUGGCAGCCCAGACCACAACUGAGGCAGCCACCACAGAUGGAGACCAAAUUGUCACUGUGACCACCACAGAGACAGUUGUUGCCAAUGAACCUGUCCCUGAGCUACAGAAAGAGGAAGAAAAAGUGGCUGAAGCAGUAGCCACAGCAGCAGUUGCAUCUGCUAUUGUUGAUGCUGCUGCUCAAGAAGAAAAGGCUGCAGCUGUUGAGCCCAUCCCUGAGCUACAAAAAGAUGAAAAUGUUGUUCCCACAGCUGAAGUUACAGAAACUGUUGUUACCACAACAACCACUACUAUAACUGAGGUCCCAUAUGAUAGAACCCCUGAAGAUGAAGUAACAUAUGAUGAGGCUGAACCUGAACCUGUCAUGAACUUUGAAAUUGACGACCAUGAAGAUGAUAAUAAUGAGAACAUUCAACGAGAGGCUGAAGCAUACGAGCAGGUUGAGUUCAUUCCUCCCCCUCCACCUGCCCAUUCAGUAUCAGAUGAAGAAGAUGAAGGUCACACUGUUGUCAUCCAAACUCAUGAUGUUGAGUAUGAUGAUGACACUGCUGAUCCAACAACAUAUGAUGAACCCCAGCCUACUGAAGAUGAGGUUGUUGCACAGUUUAAUAUGGCCACUGAUGAGAAGGAGAACUCUGAAUAUGAUGAGGAGGAGAAUAACAAUUAUGAAGAGGUUGAGGUAAAUAAGGAGCCAGAGCCAGAACCUGCGUUGACAGAAACUGAGGUUGCCGUGGCAGCUGUUGCCGUGGCAGCUGCUGCUGAGGAAACUCGCCGAGAGCCGACGCCACCUCCUAGGGAACCAACCCCACCCCCAAGGGAACCAACACCACCCCCAAGGGAACCAACACCACCCCCUGUAGUUGUCCAACAAACUGAGACGACUGUUGUCACAACAACAACAACUGUGAAUGGUAUAUCCGAGCCAGAACCAGCCCCAGAACCAAAAGGCCCAAUCGACCCUGCAACUGGGCUUGAAUUGAAUGUCAGUGUUGCUGAAAUGAAAGAGAGGCUUUCAUCCCGGAGAAAACGUGAUUCAAGAAAUGCAGCGCUAAAUUUUAAAGAUAAAUACGAAAUGUUCCAGAGGUUGUGAGGAGACACUUGCUAAAUACUGAAAUUAGCAAAACAGGCUGUUGCAUAUAAUGAAUAUAGAAUACUUUUGUAAACAUUGAUGGAUUGUGUUUGAUUAUUUUGAUUUUCAAUGGCGGAGGAUGUUGAUUGUACAAGCUGAGCUUGCUAUAUACUCUGAGUGAAAAAAAUUCAUAUGAAAUCACAUCUAUCUGUAUAUUACUUCAGAUGCUGCAACAAUUUUCAUAUCAGUAGCCUGAAAUUGUUCUUGUAAAUUCAGACUUGAUUAAUUUGUGAUCGAUCAUAUCAAUACUGAAAUUUUGAGAUUAUGCUUUGAUUUUCAUUUUGCUUUAACUUCCUGAGGAUGGAAGGGUGCUCAUUAAUAGGGAAUUACUUUCCUCUAUUUACCAUAUAAAUGUAUAUAUAAUCUGUAUCAUGUUACUUCCUCUAUAUUCUAAUUGUCUCAUUGAAAAAAAUAAUGAUCACCCAUAUUUUAUAUAAAAAUAUAAAUAAAUAUAAUCACUCUCACUUUGCCUUCUUAUAUAUAAGAGCACUGGGACAGUAUUUUUAUACUGCGUUACAUUUAUAAAUAUUAUAUAGUUAUUGUUAUAGAGACAACUAGUGAACACUAUCAAAUGUUAGCAUAUUAGUGUCUCAGAAAUUAUUUUCCAAAUGUUUUUCAAUGUCGUAAAAUGUUUGGAGUAGUACUAUCUGAGUCAUGUUGUUUUAGUUGAGAUCGCUUGCACAGAUACUUCACGACUUUCAUGCUGUGUCGAAUCUUUAGUAAGGUAAUGGAGUUCUAAAUUGCAUGGAAUUUGUGUGUUUCUUUGUAAGGGAGAGAAUGCAAUACAUGUAUAUUAAUGUUCAUAUUGAUUUUUUUUGAUUGAUAAUCAGGUAUCUGGC